AUGGCGUCUUCGAAUGGCAGAGGCGACCGAACGUGUAAAUUCGAGACCUUAAAGCUGUUGGAGAAGUGCAGGAAGGAACGGGACGAUGCCGUGCACAGGGAAAGCGUCCUCAGGGAGAAGCUGAGGCAAUACGAGUCCAGGACGCGCUCCACCGAGGCCCUCAAGCAGAAACUGAAGACCUUGACCGUAGACCACAAGGAGCUGAGGAAGCAAACGAAGGCUCUUCGCACGGAGCUCGGCCUGGAGUGCAGCCCCGGGUUCCACGGCAAGACUACCAAGGACAUCAUCGACGACUUGCGCGACAAGGAGCGAGAGUGCGGCUCCCUGGUGGAAAAGACCGCGAAGCUCAGCCUGACCGUUGACGAGCUGACGUCCGAGUUGGCCAACGCGGUCACCUCCAAGACGCUUCUGGAGGAGCAGGUGCAGUCGCUGCAGCGCAACCUCAAAGACAUGACCAACAACCAGCGGCGUCUGUUGAAACUGUGGGAGGACAAGAAGACCCAGCGGGAGCACAAGGCCCUGCCCGCCAUCGCUCUCAAAACAGGACAGAAACCGACCGUCCAAAAAGCCAUUCAGACAGACAUGUCCAUCAGCUCAACACAAAAGCUUCCAGCCAAUGCGUUUGAGUCCAAGUCCGUUACCAAUGACCAAAAGACGGCUGUGGAUUUUUAUGGGAUGGGCUAUCAUUAUGACAAGAAGUCUUUCAUGCAUGAUACAAUUCAAGGGAUUCAGAACUGA